GGAUUUAAAAUUUCAAAAGAGCUACUUUUUCUGUCGAGGAUGUGUUAUGCUGGAGAUUGAUCCAAUAUUAGAGGUAAAAUGGAAGCUUUAGGAGACCGUCUAAAGCUGAUGGUGAAAACCUUCAGGAGAGAGUGCCACAGAGCUCUACAGUCUGAGAGAACUACCAUUCAUGGAGCUGAUAGUAUGCUGAUGGUACUGCAGCUCGCCAUGGCAGAAGUGAAUAAACAGCACGGCAAAGACUUCAAAGUGCCUCUGAGUGAUGUCCUGAUGGUCUGGAAACACUUACUGCUAGACAAACUUCACCUGCCACCCCCCAGCUCUGCACGAUUGGAGAACUAUGACCUCAUCGUGGAGGCAUACGAAUCCUUCCUGAAAUGCUCCAACACAGUGGACCUGGUUGAUAUCAUCUUCAUGUACAAACAGCUGAGACUAAUGGACUCAGACCCAGAGGAGCCCGUGAGCCCGAUUGAGCUGUUUGAGUUCCUAUCAGGAACUAUCAACAUGGAGGUCUCAGAGUUGCCAGACGUCUCAGUCCCAUCAACGCCGUGUAGAAAAGGCAGGUCCUGCAGAUCAGAGGUCAAAAUGGCAGUGAGAAGGGUGUUCUGCUCCUAUCUGAAUUUGCUUGUUAACUCCAAGAAUGACAUGGCCUUGGCACUUACCCUCGAUGUCCCCAGUCGCACACUUGGACAGCAGGCGUUUACACACAUAAAGCACACUGCACGCAACAACAACACUUCUCUCUUCUUGGCAGUGACAUCUUUUGUGCGGGCCAUCCAGCUUGGAGGAAAGAGCUAUGCCCCAGCUGAGUCUGACCCACUGAGGAAACAUGUUAAAGGCCUGUCUGACUUUGUCCAGUUUCUAGACAACCUGGAAGAAAUCCUAGGGGAGAUUACGUACACAGCACAGCUUCCACUUGCUCACAUUCUUUCUGUUGCUUUUGAGGAAAUGCCUCUAUUCAAGGAAUCAGUUCACAAUACAACUUCUCUAGUAGCUGUCACUACAUAUCAUUUCAGUGUAUGUGGAGACAGGCUGGUGUCUGCCAUCAGGACAGUGCUGGUAAAGGGACGCAGCAGUGGAGAUGCAGUUUAUGCUGCAGUUGAAGAGACAUCAAAGGAGCUGAAGGAGAGGAUCUGCCAGCUACACCAUAUCCACAAACAAACCGCUAAUGGAGGCGGCACAGGGAUAAGCCCUGCCAGGCCAAGAGCUUACGCAGUCAAUCAUGCCACUGCAUACGGAGGCCGGGACACUGUGAAGGUGCUGAUGGCGAUGCUGGACGAAGAGGCCCUGACUCCUCCAUGUCAGAAUAAGGCAGACCUGCUGUCUGAGGACCAGCCUGCCCUUAGUGGAACUGAGGGAACAUGCAUCCUCACAAUGUUCAGAUCCCCCGAAAUGUCUACUGGAUGCUCUCCAGAACCCCUAAGGAACCGCGUCCAGAGCCGGCUAGACCUGCUCAAACCCAAGGCUAGAGACAGAGUCAUCCGAUCACAGUUUGCCUGCACCUACAAAGAUGAAGAAGACCUGAAACUCAACCGUGUGCUGGAGUUCCCCAGCACCAGCCAGGCCCCCACCUGUGUGCACCCAGCGCCCAAACUCAAAACCCCCACAGCUGUAGAUGAGGAGUGCAAUUCUGAUGUGGAGGAGACAGCCUCAGUUUGUCCAGCCAAGCCUACCUCUAAAUGUCCAAAUAAGGAGCAGAGUGGUGUACAACAGGGGGCAGCUCUAGGGCCGAAAAGUGGUGCAGGUCUGGGCAACAGAAAGAAAGCUCACACUGAGAUGCAGAGCAAAGGUAACAAGAGGAAGCAGGUGGAUUCUGAACAAAAUGAAGGCUCAGAGAAUGAGCCUCCAGAGAAGAAACAGCCCACUAGCAUCUCAGUCAAAAAGCCUGGUAAGAAUGUCAGCAAGGCCUCAAGAAAGAAGAAGCUGAUAGCUGGACAGGGAAUACUAACCAGCUUUUUCAGAGUCUAAUCAUCAUUUGCAUUAUUUCAUGACAGAAUAUGGACAUUCUGAGCUGUUGUUCAGUUGUUUUCUCCAUCGACAAAUCUUGUUCAUACAGUAUACAAAUGUUCAAAUUAGGGCUGCUCCUACUGACUAUUUUUAGUCUCGUUAACUUUUUUUAAUUCAACUUAAGGAAGGGGGCAGCACGGUGGCGCAGUGGUUAGCACUGCUGCCUCACAGCAAGAAGGUUCCAGGU